AUGUACCUUACACCUCCCUCGACCUCGAACUCUCCAGUGUCGCAGUAUUCACAGUUCUUCGAAACGAGUUCAACCAGUCCGGAUCCUUCCUGUCACCCAAAUCGUCUGUCUUGCUACGAUUCUUCAUUUGAGCAAGCUGUUUCAACUGCUGUUUCCCGACCAGACUUGGAACCAGGUCCGUACCCUCAUCACGGUCGCUGGUACUCAGUACCUCAGACUGAACUUCUAUCACCGCCUCCCAUGGACCACGGUAGCACUGCCUGGGUAACCCCGGAUGGAUUAGUCGCGGGGACAAGUACAGCGUCCUCGAGUUCCGUGGAGCCUGAUGCCUUGCAUGCGGAUUUCAAUGCAUUUGCUGGAUACGACUCAUGUCUGCCUGCCCCGUACCAACCCCAUGAUGCUUAUAUGCCAACCGGACGCAACCCAUCAGUUCAUGAGUCCUCGCUACCUUCCACUAGCCAAUCUGCACGAGCGCCAACACUGGGAGCGAGGCCAUCGUAUGGAUAUCUGCAAGACCCAGCCAGCUCAAGAUUCAGAGUAGAAGGCGCCGUCAGCACCUACGGCCAAGGAUAUGAAUCUCACUCCUACUCGCCGCCUGGCCCACCAGCUACUACCUACCAAACCGACGGUGCUGCCUUUACUUCAAAUCUGCCCCCAAGCCUGGGCGCAGGUAGCUCAACAGCAUGGCCCAAGCAGGAAUAUGAAGUGUCGCAAUUCUACCCUACCCCGCAAACUCAACUUCCAGAACUUGGCCAAGAGAGGAGACUGUUGAAAACAAACAAGGUCAAGAGACCCACCAGGAAACAUACGUCCAAGGAGGAGGCCAACUUUCAGUGCGAAGUGAAGGGAUGUGGGAAGUUUUUCAGUCGAAGCUACAACUACAAGUCUCACCUGGAAACUCAUGACGAGAAGCGCGAAUACCCUUUCCCAUGCACCGUAGAUGGGUGCACAAAGAAAUUUGUACGGAAGACCGACCUCCAACGCCAUCAUCAGAGCGUGCACAUGAAGGAGCGCAAUCACAAAUGCGACUACUGUGGACGUCUCUUUGCUCGCAAGGACACCUUGCGAAGGCACAUGGAAGAUGGCUGUUCAAAGCGAUUUGAUAUCGGCACACUCAACCUACAAGGGCCGGGGUUCGCAGGUUUAGGGAUUGUCACUCCAACUAGACCUUCCGGCUUAGACCCUCGCCGCCCCGGAUAGACCUGUUCCAGCAAUCCGCUUACAUAGUGCUUGAUUACACCUCAAAUACAUGCCUGUAUGCCUGAUCUAUGAAAGAGGGAGAUACACGAUGAUAGUACCUUGGAUAGAUCUGCUCUGCAACCGCGGCUACGCAUUUACAAUCACGAAGUGAUACCCAAAAGUCUACGAGACCACAAUAUAUUAAUCUUAAUCACCACGAUGGCAAACAAACUCUACUAGAUUCGGAGGUCUUCGAUGUCGAACAAAAGGGGGUUAUUUUCGAUGAACUACAUCCUGUCCACGGACUUUGGCUAUGUCUCUUACCAGUUCUCAUCAUAUAGCUAUGAGCUAUCUGUUCUACUCGAACGCCACCGAGCUUCGAGUUUUGGAUUAUGGCCAUGAGACAGGAAAACGUUUUGGUCAACAUUUCACAUGCGAACGAAUUACGCCGUAUAUUUUACCGCUACUCAAGGGGCCUCGCUAUGACAUCGUUUCGAAAUCAGCCACCUCGGCAUGUGUGCAGAGUUUGACUAUCGCAACUUGAUUGGGAAGCUCGUUA